GUCAUUUUUACAUUGUGUUUAUUAUGUCACUGUCAUGAUACGUAUUUCUAGUUUAAAUUUAAACAUUUGGAAAAUUGUUUUGUGUUUUUCCGCUUUGUGGUUUUAUAGCCCCGGGCGGCACCCUAGGCACUACAAUUACAUUCAAAACAAGGACGUUCUCUCGGAAUUAGUCCUUCCAAAUCACGAAAACAAUGGACAUAACCUCAAUCUUUCCGUUUUUGACGUUUUUGACAGAUUAAUUAUUAACAAUAAAGUUGUAUCAUCUAAGGAAAUUUUUGAAUUAAAGAAUUUUCAAAAUGUAGAUAUAGGUGGUGAAUUUAGACCAAAAAAAUGUUCUUCGCUUUCAAAGACAGCCUUAAUUGUACCAUACAGAAAUCGUCCACAACAAUUAAAAAUAUUUUUAAAUUAUAUGCAUUAUUUUAUGCAAGAACAGUGUAUUACAUAUAGAAUAUUUAUAGUCGAUCAAUUAGAUUCUAAACCAUUUAAUCGAGCUAAGUUAUUAAAUAUUGGAGCAGUGGAGGCUAUGAAAUUGAAUUUUUCCUGUUUAAUACUUCAUGAUGUUGAUUUAUUACCGAUAAGUACAGGAAAUCUUUAUACUUGCGCUCGUAAACCAAGACAUAUGAGCAGUUCUCUUGAUGUAUUUAGAUAUCAUUUAACAUAUCCAGAUUUAUUUGGUGGAGUUGUAGGUAUUCUAUCAGAUCAAUUUAAAAAAAUUAAUGGAAUGUCUAAUUUAUUUGAUGGUUGGGGUGGAGAAGAUGAUGAUUUUCAUGCGAGAUUAAUUAAGUUUGAUCUUGUUCCUUAUAGAUUUUCCCCAAUUCUUAGCAGAUAUAUUAUGCUUAAACAUCCCAAAGCUGAACCUAGUAAAGAAAGGUUUAACAUGUUAAAAGAUUCUGUGGACCGACAACCCAUUGAUGGCCUCAAUUCUUUAAUUUCUAAUUAUGUAAUUGAACAAAAACAACUGUAUACUCACAUUCAGGUUAAUGAUGAUUAAUUUUUGAUUAUUUUAUAAUUAUUUAGUCCUUGUAAAACAUAUCACUGUGAUAUUUUCGAAAUAUUAUUAUUUGAUGGAAUAAAAAAACAAUUAAUUCUAA